ACAAUAAUGAAACGCACCGCGAACACUUCCUAAUAACACAGCUCGACAAUUCAUUACAUUUAACGAACCAAAACGUUCCACUUUCUUAUGAAAUUUUGACAUAUGGCUUCAACCAUGAUCCCAUACACGGUCAAUAUUAAACUGGCUGCACGAACAUUGACCGGGACCCUUAAUUUACAGAACAAGACAGCAGUAGACUGGGGAUGGCAGGGACUGAUUGCUCAAGGCUGUCACUCUAGUAUCCUUAUCAUUGAUCCAAAAACAGCUCAAACCAUUCAGGUCCUGGAGAGACACAAAGCCACUGUGGUCAAGGUAAAAUGGUCCAGAGAAAACUAUCACCACAGUCUCAGCUCACCCUACUCUCUUCGCCUGGCCUCUGCAGAUGCAGCAGGGAAGAUUAUUGUGUGGGAUGUGGUGAGUGGUGUGGCACACUGUGAGAUCCAGGAACACACCAAACCUAUUCAGGAUAUGGAUUGGCUGUGGGCUCAGGAUGCUUCUCGUGAUCUUCUUCUGGCUGUCCACCCACCCAACUAUAUUGUUCUCUGGAAUGGAGACACUGGCACCAAGCUGUGGAAGAAGAGCUAUGCUGAGAACAUCCUGUCUUUCUCCUUUGACCCCUUUGAACCCUCCAAUCUGGCAUUGUUAACCAGUGAGGGCAUAGUGUUUAUCACAGAUUUCUCACACUCCAAACCACCAGGAAGUGGUGGUAAGAAGGUUUAUAUCGCCAGUCCUCAUUCAAGCCCUGCCCAUAGCAAACCUGCUGCAGCUCAGCCUACCGGUGCCAAAAAGGCCCUCAAUAAGGUCAAGGUGCUCAUCACCAAUGAGAAACCCACGGCUGAAGCAGUGACUCUUAAUGACUGUCUCCAGCUGUCAUAUCUACCAUCUAAGAGGAAUCACAUGUUGCUAUUGUACCCCAGAGAAAUCCUCAUCCUAGACUUGGAGCUCAGUCAGACCGUUGGAGUGGUUGCCAUUGAGCGCUCUGGCGUACCCUUUAUACAGGUGAUUCCUUGUGCUCAGAGAGAUGCUCUUUAUUGCCUCCAUGAGAAUGGUUGCAUCACACUGCGUGUGUGCCGUUCCACAACACCUUCUCCUAAUGAAACAGUGAUUGAUCCAGAACAGAAUGUCCAGGAGUUGGUUUAUGAUCUCCGCUCCCAGUGUGAUGCCAUCCGUGUGACUAAGACAGUGCGGCCCUACCGAGUGGUAAUCUGUCCUGUCAAUGAGAACAGUGCCGCCCUUGUAGUCAGUGAUGGAAGGGUAAUGCUGUGGGAGCUCAAAGCUCAUGCCAGUAAAUCAUCUUCAAGCCUGAGUUCUGGCUUGCCACCCUUGUAUUCUCCUGUGAAUUUCUGUGGAACACCUUUACAUCACAAUCAAAAAUGUAUCCCGGAUCUUUCUCUAAAUACAAUGAUUGGUCACAGUCUGAUUUCUGGAAUGGACUCCCCACGACCCCUGGCAGGUCAGCAAGAAGUACAUCUGAAGUUCCUGUUGACAGGUUUGCUGUCUGGCCUGCCCUUGCCCCCUUUCUCCCUCCGGAUGUGCCCUCCACUUACCACAAAGAACAUCAACCACUACCAGCCCUUAUUGGCUGUGGGUACAAGCAAUGGCUCUGUGCUGGUGUACAACUUGACCAGUGGUCUCCUGCACAAAGAGCUAAGUGUCCAUUCCUGUGAAGUCAGAGGAAUUGAAUGGGUUAGUUUAACAAGUUUUCUGUCCUUUGCCACCUCUGUUCCCAACAAUCUUGGGCUUGUGAGGAAUGAACUGCAACAUGUGGACUUGCGCACAGGGCGUUGCUUUGCAUUUCGAGGUGAACGUGGGAACGACGAACCAGCCAUUGAAAUGAUUAAAGUGUCACAUCUUAAGCAGUACCUGGUGGUGGUGUUUAGAGAUAAACCUUUGGAACUCUGGGAUGUCCGCACAGGAACCUUGCUGCGUGAGAUGGCCAAGAACUUCCCUACUGUCACUGCCCUGGAGUGGUCUCCAUCACAUAACCUUAAAAGUCUGAAGAAAAAGCAGCUUGCUGCUCGAGAGGCCAUAGCCAGACAGACCACCCUCGCUGAUGCUGAGCAGAGCACUGUUGAGUCCUCUGUCAUCAGUCUAUUGCAGGAUGCUGAAAGUAAAUCUGAACUGAGUCAGGGUAUAUCAGCUCGAGAACACUUUGUGUUUACUGACACAGAUGGUCAGGUCUAUCACAUCACCGUGGAAGGCAACACUGUGAAGGAUGGGGCACGUAUUCCACCUGAUGGCAGUAUGGGAAGCAUCGCCUGUAUUGCAUGGAAAGGAGACACCCUAGUUCUGGGAGAUGUAGAUGGAAACCUCAAUUUUUGGGACCUAAAGGCACGUCUUUCAAGGGCUGUACCUACACACCGUGGGUGGGUGAAGAAGAUCCGUUUUGCUCCUGGGAAAGGCAACCAAAAACUCUUGGUGAUGUACACGGAUGGAGCUGAGGUUUGGGAUACCAAAGAGGUGCAGAUGGUGAGCAGCAUCAGAGUGGGCCGUAAUGUGAAUUAUAGGAUUCUGGAUAUUGACUGGUGUACAUCAGAUAAAGUAGUACUGGCAUCAGAUGAUGGCUGUGUGAGAGUACUGGAGAUGGCCAUGAAGUCUGCCAGUUAUAGAAUGGAUGAGCAGGACCUGACAGAUCCAGUAUGGUGUCCCUAUCUUCUACUGCCUCGUGCUGCUCUCACACUGAAGGCCUUUCUGCUACUGCAGCCGUGGUGCGAUACAUUCACCAUGGAUAUAACUCAUGUAGACUACAAAGAAAAAGAUGAAAUCAAGGGACUGAUCCAGGAACAGCUCAACUCUCUUUCUAAUGACAUAAAAAGUGUUCUCCAGGAUCCAAAUCUGAACUUGCUACAACGCUGCCUCCUUGUGUCACGGCUCUUUGGUGAUGAAUCAGACCUUCAGUUUUGGACAGUGGCUGCUCAUUACAUCCAGUCUUUUGCCCAGAGCUGCCAGCCCAGUGGAUCCAUCCCAGAAGGCCAAACACCAGCUGAGGCCCCUCAGAGCAGCCAUCUUGACAUUUGCCAUGACAUCCUAUGUGAAAGCUCUUUCUUCCAGAGGUUUCAACUGGAGCGUGUUCGUCUACAAGAAGUGAAACGAUCCAGCUAUGAACACACCAAAAAGUGUGCUGACCAGCUUUUGCUGCUGGGACAGACGGACCGUGCAGUGCAGUUGCUUUUGGAGACCAGUGCAGAUAACUCCAGCUACUACUGUGAUUCUCUCAAAGCCUGCCUGGUGACCACCAUCACCUCAUCUGGCCCAUCUCAGAGCACCAUUAAGCUGGUGGCCACAAAUAUGAUUGCAAAUGGCAAGCUGGCAGAGGGUGUGCAGUUGCUGUGUCUGAUCGACAAAGCAGCAGAUGCUUGCCGUUAUCUGCAGACAUAUGGAGAGUGGAACCGUGCUGCCUGGCUGGCCAAGGUGCGUCUAAGCCCAGCAGAAAGUUCAGAUGUGCUGAAGCGCUGGGCAGAGCAUUUGUGUUCUCCUCAAGUAAAUCAGAAAUCAAAGGCCAUCCUGGUCCUGCUUUCUUUAGGAUGCUUUCACAGAGUGGGCGAGAUGCUUCACAGCAUGAGAUAUGUGGACCGUGCUGCACUCUUUAUUGAAGCCUGCUUGAAAUAUGGUGUGAUGGAGACAAAUGACGACAUUAAUAAGCUUAUAGGCGCAGCCUUUGUGGACUACGCUAAGCUGCUUCGCUCAAUCGGGCUGAAACAGGGUGCUGUGCUAUGGGCGUCUCGUGCUGGAGAGGCAGGAAAGGAGGUGCUGGAGGAGCUGUCCCAAACAGAGAGUAUGGGGCUAGAGCCCAGCCCCAGUGAGGAAGAAGUAAACAACUCUCUUGGCAAUAUAGAAUGACUUGUCCCAAGUACACCAGUGGGGGAAAGCGAGGCUAUGUAAAAAAAACGUGAAUAAAGAAAAUGCAUAAUAUAGUUAAAAUAACUUCUCUUAAAAAUAAAGGUACUAUACGAUUCCAUAGAAGAAUUUUUUUUUGUCUAAAUGGUUCUAUAAAGAAUCUUUAAUAUCUGAAGACACUUUCACAAAAAGGUUAUUUGUGGCAAAAGAAGGUUCUUUAUAUUAUAAAAAAGGUAAGGAAGAGAUGGUUCUUUAAAGAACCAUUGACUGAAUGUUUUUUUCUCGAACCAAAAAUGGUUCUUCUAUUGAAUCAAGAACCUUUUAAGCACCUUUCUUUUUAAGAGUGCAUAAGCAUGCAUGUAGUCGACAAACACAUCUUUUCAUUUAGAUAAUGUCUGGAUUAUUAGUUAUCUUUUACAAUUCAAUGCUGGUUGUGAGAUUGUAUUGUAUCGUGAGACAUUCCCUGUUAUCAUGCUGUAAUGUAUUCCAAAUCUGCUUUUGUGCUUAUUUUAUCAACUAAAUAUUGUCAUAGUAAAUUAAACAUAAAAUAAUAAUGUUAGUAAUUAAUUAAAACAUACAUUUUGAAAAUCUUUAAAAUUUGUGUAUAUGUGUUUGACAUGAAAUGUUCAUUCCUAACAUUUCAGAUUAUUCAGGGAAUUAUUUAAAGAUAAAAUAUAGCAAAGAAAUUUUGUUGUUUUUUGUUGUUUGUUUUGUUUUUUUUUGUUUUUUUUGUGGUUGUGGUGUUUUUUUCCGGCUGUUGUGGUGAAUUAUAACCCAGGCAUAUUUUUAAAGAUUUCAUGAGCUUCACUGUAAGUUAUCUAAAUGUCUCUAAAUGGUUAAAAUUUAAAUGAGAUGAACUGGUUAAUUUUGGUUUGGUGGCUAUAUUUAGCAAUUCAUAAAAUGUAAUAAAGAUGUGAUUUCACACCAUUUUUAGCCUUAGCCAUUAGCUAGUUUCCUAGUUGGAUAGUGUAAUAUGCUGUAGUUAAGAAAAAAAAAAAAAAACAUGAUCUGGUCAGCUUCAUGUCUCCAGAGACUUGCUAUAUUUGGAUAUUGUCCUGUUGAAAUAAGACGUGACUACAUAUCCUUGAUAUUUGUGGCACCAAUUUUGUGUCUGAUGUACAAAUGAGUUUUUUUUUUUUUUUUUUUUUUUAUGAUUAAUUUACAUGUUGAAUAAUUCACUUGCUUUGUUUUGGUAUGAUUGUGAGUAAUGAUUGGUCAUGACUUCAUAGUUUAAGUGUUGUUUCUAUUUAAACAUUUGUCAUGAAUGUUCCAUGUGUUUCAGCUUAUUAUAUGGAUAUAUGUACUGUAUAUAGGUAAAGCAAUAAAUAUAUAGCUUGUACCAUC